CAUCGCUGGCAGGAAGUGUCUCGCAGACACUGCGGUGACUCUGGCUCCAGGCUCCUGGCGAGAUCCCCGAGCCCCGGCGGCUGGUGCUGGGAGCCCGGAGCCCGGGCUGCAGCCGGGAGAGGGGAAUCUCCAGCAGGGCCCUUCCCGCUGCUCCCCAGGAGCCUCUCCCAGGGCAGAGCCCCCAGCCCGGCCAGGGCCCCUGCCCCAGAGGGACCCCGCUUGGAGGGAAGCCCCGACAGGCUGAGGAAUCACAUCCACCUUUUGCUCCAGAUGGGCCCGUCUUCCAGGAGACAGGGAAGGGAAAUGUCUGUGAUGGAGCCAGCUCAGAUGCCGGUGACCUUCAAGGAGGUGGCUGUGUAUUUCAUCCAGGGGCAGGGGGCUCUGCUGGACCCCACUCAGAGAGCCCUCUACAGGGACGUCAUACAGGAGAACUACGAGACGGUGACCUCGCUGGGGGGUGCUGGGAUGAUGAGUGAGAACGAGGAGGAGAAUCCACAGCGGGAAGGUGGUGAGGACGUGGGUCUGCAGGGAACGGUAUUGGGAAGAUCCAAGCAGAAUUUUUAUAAGAAUCAUAAACCAGGAAAAACCUGCGAAAACCAGCGCAGGUCGGCGAGGCUGCUGGGAUAUGACCCAGGGAAGAAAACGUGUGAAUCCAUAAAUGAUGGUGGAGAUUGCAAGGACUUCAAGGAAACAGCCCAGCAGAGAAUCCCUACAAAAGAGAGAAAAAACACAUGCACCGAGUGUGGGAAAAGCUUUAUUAGGAGGUCACAUCUUAUUUCCCAUCAGAGGAUCCACACUGGAGAGAAACCGUAUAAGUGCCUUGUCUGUGGGAGAGGUUUCAGCCAGACCGCACAUCUUAUUUCACAUCAGAGGAUCCACACAGGAGAGAAACCCUAUAAGUGCCUUGAUUGUGGGAAAGGUUUCAUUCAGGGUUCACAUCUUCUUAGGCAUGAGAGAACCCACACAGGUGAGAAACCCUAUAAAUGCCUGGAGUGCGGGAAAAGCUUCAUUCAGAGCUCGGAUCUUAUUUCACACCAGAGAACCCACACAGGAGAAAGAGCCUAUAAGUGCCUUGACUGUGGGGAAAGUUUUGAUUGGAACAUGCAGCUUGUUAGACAUCAGAUGCACCAUACAGGAGAGAAACCCUACAAAUGCCUGGAUUGUGGGAAAGCAUUUAGUGACAGUUCAGCCCUUAUUAUUCAUCAGAGACUCCACACGGGAGAGAAACCCUAUAAAUGCCUCGACUGUGGGAGAAGAUUCAAUCAGAACUCACUCCUUACUAGACAUAAGAGAACCCACACUGGAGACAAACCCUACAAGUGCCUGGACUGUGGGAAAAGUUUCAAUCAGAGCUCAUACCUAAUUGCACAUCAGAGAACUCACACAGGAGAGAGACCCUAUAUAUGCCCUGAGUGUGGGAAAAGUUUCAGUUGGAGCUCAGAUCUGACGGCACAUCAGAGAACCCACACAGGAGAGAGACCUUAUAAGUGCCUGGAAUGUGGGAAAAGAUUCCUUCAAAGCUCAAAUCUUAGUGUGCAUCUGAGAAUCCAUACGGGAAAAACACCCUAUAAAUGCCCCGACUGCGGGAAAAACUUCAGUCAAAGUUCAAACCUGACUAGACACCAGAACACCCACAUGGCAGGAAAAACCUCAGCCCUCUACAGGGACGUCAUGCAGGAGAACCAUGAGAGGGUGACCUCGCUGGGGGGUGCUGGGAUGGUGAGUCAGAAGGAGAAUCCACAGCGGGAAAAUUGUGAGGACGUGGAUCUGCAGGGAACAGUAUUGGGAAGAACCGAGGGGAAUUUUUACCAGGAUCAUAAACGAGGAAAACCUUGUGGAAUGCAGCGUAGGUCGGAGAGGCUGCUGGGAUGCAACCCAGGGAAGAAACCGUGUGAACCCAUAAAUGAUGGUGGAGAUUGCAAGGACCUCAAGGAAAGCACAGCCAAGCAGAGAAUGCCCAGAGAAGAGAAAAAAAACACAUGCAGCGAGUGUGGGAAAAUCUUUAUUCGGAGGUCACAUCUUAUCUCACAUCAGAAGGUCCACACAGGAGAGAAGCCCUACAAGUGCCUUGUCUGUGGGAAAGUUUUCAGUCAGAGCUCAAAUCUUAUUUCCCAUCAGAGGAUCCACACAGGAGAGAAACCCUAUAAGUGCCUUGUCUGUGGGAAAGGUUUCAGUCACACCGCAAACCUUAUUUCACAUCAGAGGAUCCACACAGGAGAGAAACCCUAUAAAUGCCUUGACUGUGGGAAAGGUUUCAAUCAGGGUUCAAACCUUAUUAGGCAUCAGAGAACCCACACAGGCGAACAACCUUAUAAAUGCCUGGAAUGUGGGAAAAGCUUCAUUCAGAGCUCAGAUCUUAUUAGGCACGAGAGAACCCACACAGGUGAGAAACCCUAUAAAUGUUUGGACUGUGGGAAAAGCUUUGUUCUGAGCUCAGAUCUUAUUUCACAUCAGAGUGCUCACACGGGAGAUAAACCCUAUAAGUGCCUGGAGUGUGGGAAAAGUUUCAAUCAGAGCUCAUACCUAAUUUCACAUCAGCGAACGCAUACAGGAGAGAAACCCUAUAAAUGCCUCGAGUGUGGGAAAACAUUCAGCUGGAACUCAAAUCUAAUUUCACAUCAAAGAACUCACACAGGAGAGAGACCAUAUAAGUGCCUGGACUGUGGGAAAAGGUUCAUUGACAACACAGCCCUUAUUAAACAUCAGAGAAUGCAUACAGGAGAGAGACCCUAUAAAUGCCUCGACUGUGGGAAAAGUUUCAGUCGGAAAUCAACCCAUAUUGGACAUCAGAGAAUCCACAGAGGAAAGAAACCUUGGGUGGACAAGGCGUUCCGCUGCGCCGAAUGCGGGAAGACCUUCAGCCAGCGGUCCAACCUGAUCCGGCACCAGCGCCUCCACGCCACCGACAAGCCCCACAAGUGCUCCGAGUGCGAGAAGAGCUUCGGCGAGCCAGCGGCGCUGGCCCGACACCAGAAGUCCCACGCGGCCGGGAAGCCCUUCCAGUGCGGGGACUGCGGGAAGGGCUUCAACUGGAGCUCCCACCUGGAGCGGCACCGGCGCAUCCACACCGGCGAGCGGCCCUACGAGUGCGGGGACUGCGGGAAAGGCUUCAGCGUCAGCUCCCACCUGGAGCGGCACCGGCGCGUCCACACUGGCGAGCGGCCCUACAAAUGCGAGGAGUGCGGCAAGCGCUUCACCGUCAGCUCCACCCUGACCCAGCACCGCCGGGUCCACGCCGCCGACAAGCCCCACCGGUGCCAGGACUGCGGCAAAGCUUUCGGGCUGGGCGCUGCCCUCCUGGCCCACCAGCGGAAGCACCGGGGGGAAAAACCUUUCCAAUGCCCUGAGUGUGGCAAAGCCUUUGGCUUCACCUCCCACCUGGAGCGGCACCGGCGCGUCCACACCGGGGAGCGGCCCUUCCAGUGCGACGACUGCGGGAAGAGCUUCAGCCGCAGCUCCCACCUCUACCGGCACCGGCGCGUCCACACCGGGGAGAAGCCGCGGAAAUGCGCCGACUGCGGGAAGAGCUACCAUCUCAGCGCCGCCACCGUGGCCCAGCUCCAGGCCGCGCCUGCCGGCAGCGGGAGGGAUCCCACCAAGUGUGCCGACUGCGGGCGUCGGCGCGUGCCGCCGCCGGCCACCAUACCGGAGCCUGCCCCGGCGCCUUCGGGCUGCGCGGAUAAACCCCACAAGUGCCCCGAGUGCGGGAAGGGCUUCGGACAGAGCUCCUCGUUGGUGAAGCACCAGCGGAUUCACACCGGCGAGCGGCCCUUCCAGUGCGGCGAGUGCGGCAAAUGCUUCGGCUGGUGCUCGGCCCUCAUCAAGCACCGGCGCAUCCACACCGGGGAGCGGCCGUACCGCUGCGGUGACUGCGGGAAGGCCUUCAGCGUCAGCUCCCACCUGGACCGGCACCAGCGCGUCCAUGCAGGCGACAAGCCGCACCGCUGCCCCGAGUGCGGGAAGGGCUACGGUGAGCCAGCGGCGCUGGCCAAGCACCAGAAAUCCCAUGCCGCUGGGAAGCCCUUCCAGUGCGGGGACUGCGGGAAGGGCUUCGCUUGGAGCUCCCACCUGGAGCGGCACCGGCGCAUCCACACCGGGGAGCGGCCCUACGAGUGUGGGGACUGUGGGAAAGGCUUCAGCGUCAGCUCCCACCUGGAGCGGCACCGGCGCGUCCACACUGGCGAGCGGCCCUACAAAUGCGACGAGUGCGGCAAGGCCUUUGCCGUCAGUUCCACCCUGGCCCAGCACCAGCGGGUCCACUCUGGCGGCCGGCCUCACCGCUGCAAAGACUGCGGGAAGCGGUUCGCGGCGGGGGCCCAGCUGCUGGCCCACCAGCGGGCCCACCGGGGCGAAAAACCCUACCCCUGCGGCGUCUGCGGCAAGAGCUUCGGCUUCAUCUCCCACCUGGAGCGGCACCGGCGCGUCCACACGGGCGAGAAGCCGUACAAGUGUCCCGACUGUGGCAAGGCCUUCAGCCGCAGCUCCCACCGCAACCGCCACCAGCGCGCCCACGCUGCCGCCUCCCAACACCGGCCCUUUAAGGGAGGGGGCGGGGCUGAGGCGGAGAAAGACUCCGCCCCCUCUGGCCCGGCCAAACCACAGAGAGGCCCUGCCGCCGCCGCCGAGGCUGCCCUCUCCCUCCUGCCAACCUGGUGGGGGGAAGGGGAGAGGAGGAGCAGCCAACCCCCGGCCUGGGCGGAGGACGCCACAGCGGCAGCCGUGCCCUUCCCCCACACUGCCGGGGGGCUGCGGGGAUGGGGCAUGAAAGCCUUCCCUGCCCCGGACGUGGCUCCCACCCCGUGGCGGCUGGGGGAUGGUAGCUCAGGCUGGGCAUCCGCCCUGCCCCAGGAGGCCUGGCCCCAGCUGCCGCCCACUUCCUAACCAGCCUCCCGUCCUUCUCCGGAGCUGUUUACUGGGGACAGUGGCCCCCCGCUCCCUUCCCAGAACAGGGGACAGGCAGCAGGCCCGCCUCUCUAGGACAGACAGUGGGUGCUCCUGGCAGCUGUCGGGCGCUAACCCAGCCGCCCACAGGGCAGGGAUACGGUCUGACCAACGAGAGGUGGUCUCCCGCCACGCACGCACCCACCCGUGCCCUGUCCCGCGGCCGCCACUGGCCUGAGGAUGUGUCACCCCCGAGAGCACCAGGCUCACCCCCGGAUCCCACGCCCGAGGGGGAUGGGAACCAGAGGGGAGGAGGUCACUUGAGUACUGGGGAGGUGUGGGGGGGAUGAGAAUUAGCAGGGGAGGGAGGCGAAUUAAGCACCUGGAGCACAAAGGAGGAGGUGAGGACGAGGUGCUGGGUGGGAGCUGGAUUGAGUGCUUGGGGGGAAGGGUUGCCACCCAUGUGGUUUUCACCCAGACAGUCUGGGUUUUGGGUUGUGUGUCCGGGUGCCAUUUGACAAGCCUGAUGUCCAUUUUUUUUAAUCGGGGGGGAACAGGGAAGAGGCGGAGCAGGGGUGUGGGGCCUCAAGGAAAGAGGUGAAGGGGCAAGGCCUCAAGGGAAGAGGUAGAGAAGGGGGCGGGGCCUC